GAAACACGUCCGAAUCAACAUUAAGGAAUCGAGUUGCGGACUCACCUCUUGUUCAAUCUACUCCAGUAUCAAGACCAAAACCACAAUCUUCUCUUGGCCCACCUCCUAAAACAUAUUAUUUAUCUCCUUUGGAACGUAAACUUAUAGCAGAAAGGGAGUUACCUGAAAAUAAGUACCAUUAUGCUUAUUAUUAUUCAAUACAAAUCAUCACUUCAAAUACUUCUGCAUUCCAGUCAACUUCUGCAUUCCAACCUUCUUCCGGAUUUCCAUCAUCUUCUGUAUUUCAAUCAACAACACCUUCAUCUACUGAUAGAUUUACUACAAAUAUUGGCACAUCAUCACCAUCAUCUCUGUCUCUACAAUCACCUUUCUCAAGUUCUACUGUUGCAUCAGACAGUCCUAUGUUUAAUAGAUCUAGAUUUACAAGAACAUCA